UGAGGUAGGGCAAGGAAGGAGGCACGCGAGGCCAGAUAGACAGAGGGACAAGGCACGGAGUUCACAGACAGGGUCGGGGGCUGCGGGAAGACCGCUGACAUGGACGGUGGGCUGUGUGCGGAGCGGAGGAGGGAGAAGGGGAGGACGGGCGGGGCUCCCCGGGAGGCCAAGACUGGACGCAGCACCCACAGCCCGGGGCCUCCCCCUGUUGUUCGCGAGUCCCGGGGGAGGGCGCGGCUGGCCCCGGCGGGCGGUUUCACCUUCCCCCGGGCGGCUCGGGUUCCCGGAUCCGCUUACGCCCGGCUCCGCUGUCGCGGGACCUCCGGCGGGAGGCUCAGGACGCGGCGGACCCCACGCACCAUGGACAGUGCUGCGCCCCGCGAGCCCGGGGCCACCGAGCCCCCCGCCCGCGCGCGCCCGCGCCUAGUGUUCCGCACGCAGCUGGCGCACGGCAGUCCGACCGGCAGGAUCGAGGGCUUCACCAAUGUCCGCGAGCUUUACGCCAAGAUCGCCGAGGCCUUCGGCAUCGCUCCUACCGAGAUCCUAUUCUGCACCCUCAACAGUCACAAAGUGGACAUGCAAAAGUUGCUGGGGGGACAGAUUGGGCUGGAAGACUUCAUCUUUGCACAUGUGCGUGGAGAGACCAAAGAAGUGGAGGUCACCAAAACGGAGGAUGCUCUAGGACUGACCAUCACAGACAACGGAGCCGGAUACGCCUUCAUCAAGAGAAUCAAGGAAGGCAGCAUUAUCAACCGGAUUGAGGCUGUGUGCGUGGGGGAUAGCAUUGAGGCCAUCAAUGACCACUCUAUUGUGGGCUGCCGGCACUACGAGGUGGCUAAAAUGCUCCGGGAGCUGCCCAAGUCUCAGCCCUUCACCCUGCGUCUAGUGCAGCCCCGGAGAGCUUUUGAUAUGAUUGGCCAGAGGAGCAGGAGCAGCAAGUGUCCUGUGGAAGCUAAAGUGAGCAGCGGGAGGGAAACAUUACGCCUGCGCUCAGGGGGGGCUGCCACUGUGGAGGAGGCGCCCAGCGAUGUGGAAGCGGCAGCGGCGCGCAGGGUGGACGACCUGCUGGAGAGCUACAUGGGCAUCCGAGACCCCGAGCUGGGUAAGCGGCGCGGCGGCCGCGGUGGUGGAGACUGCUCGGAGCUCGGCGGGAGCCCAGGCUUUCGCACGCGGCCUGGACGCCGUUCUGGGCGAGUUCGCCUUUCCAGACGAGUUCGUGGUGGAGGUGUGGGCAGCUAUCGGCGAGGCCCACGACGCUUGUGGCUAGCGUGUGUGGGAGUCUCCAGUCCUGGGCCCAGCCCCUUGCCCCAACGCCACUCCAGAUCCCAGGACAGCCCUGAGACAAGGCCCGCCACCAGAACCCAACCCAGUUCUGAGACCCAGGUCCACCCUGAGGCCCAGCCUGGUUCUAGCACCCAGUUCAGCUCUAAGAGCCAGCCAGAACCCCAUCCCUGUUCUGGAACCCAGGUUAGCUCCGAGGGCCAGACCAGCUCUAGAACCAAUACUGAAGUCCAGCCCAGCUCUAGAACCCGACCCAGUUCUUUGACCCAGGCCCACCCUGAGACUCAGCUUGGUUCUAGCACCCAGUCAGAAUUCCAGGCUGGUUCUGGAACCCAGGUUAGCCCCAAGGCCAGCUCCUGCUCUAGAACCAAAGUUGAUGUCUUGCCCAGCUCUAGAACCCGAGCCAGUUCUGUGACCCAGGCCCAUCCCAAGGCCCAGCCUGAUUCUAGCACCCAGCUCAGCUCUGAGACCCAGCUGGAAUCCCUGGUCGGCCCUGAAUUCCAGUCCUGCUCUAAAACCAAAAUUGAAGCCCAGGAUAACUCUAGAACCCAACCCAGUUCUGUGACCCAGGCCCACCCCAAGGCCCAGCUUGGUUCUGUAACCCUUGUUUCUGAAGUCCAGCCAGCCUUUAGAUCCCAGCCUAGUCCUGGGGUACAGUCUGACUCCAGAACACAGGUCAGCUCCGAGGCUCAGGCUGGCUUUGGAACCCAGAGCAGCCCCAGGCCUGAGCCUUGUUCUAAAACUCAUCUUGAACCUGACUGCCAACCCAUCCCUAGAACCCAGCCUGGCUCUGAGGUCCAGCCAGGCUUUGAGGCCACACCCCAUUCUGGAGCCCAGGGAAAUUCUGACACUCAUGCCCGACUUAGAACCCAAGCCAGCCCUCAGGUCAACUUCUGCUUGGAGACCAAGUCCACUUCCAGAACACAGUCAGGCUCUGAGAGUGGGCUUGGUUCUAGAACACAGAUCCACCCAGAUAGGAAACCAUGCUCUAGAGCCCAGCCAGACAUUGGGACCAACCCUGAUGCUGCAGCCCAGGUCAUGGCUGACCCUCAGCCUUCCAGAAUGCAGCCAAGCCCCGUCCCACAGCCACACUCCGGAAUCCAGACAAAUGUUAGGAGACAGCUGGGCUCAGAGCACCACCCCAGCAGCCAGUCUCAGAAGCCAGGUUCUGAGAGCCAGCCCAGGUAUGAGACAGCCACCACCAUGGCCUGGCCCUUCCCUGAGACUUGGAGUGGUUUAGGAAGAAGGGCUUGCUUGGGACCCCAAGCAAGGUCCAGCGAGCCGCUGACUGAUGAAACCCAAGUAGGCUCCAGUAGCCAGCCAUCUUCCACACCCCUGCCUAGUGCAGGCACUCAGAGCCAUACUGCUACCCAGUCCAAACUCAAACCUCAGCCUUGUUCCCCAGCACAGCUACCUACCAGUGCCUCCCAAAGCCCUGAACCCCAAGCUAGCCCCAGUGAUGAGUCUGACUCUGAGGCUCAGCCCAGGGGCAGGAGCAGGAAGGCUCUGACAGCAGAGCCCCACCCCCAAAUGCCAUGCACUCCCAAAUCGAGGCCCAGCUUAGGGUUGUCUCAGAGUGCUGACCCCACUCCACCCAGAAGAUGGCAUGCAGGCUCCAGGACACAGUCCGACUCUGGGACCCAGACCGACUUCCAGGCCUGGCCUAGCUCCGGAGCCUACGUAGGUUGGGCCAGACAUCGAAGGUCCCAGCUACAGUCAUUGACAGAGAAGGAGCCCAGCUCCAGGUCCCUCUCUAGUUCUGGAGGCAGAAAACAGCACUCGGUGACAACUGGAGCCAGCUGUGUCCCCCAGCAGAACACAGGGCAGUGGCUUGGCUCUGCAGCCCACUCAGCCUCGAGAACCCAAGUCAGUCUUCAGGUUCCAUCACGCACUGGAGCCCAGCCCAGCGCUGGGAAGGAUUCCAGUUCCAGAACCCGGCUAGACUCCAGCCCCAGCCCCAGCCCCAGCCCCAGCCCCAGCCCCAGCCCCAGCCCCAGCCCCAGCCCCAGCCCCAGCCCCAGCCCCAGCCCCAGCCCCAGCCCCGACACUUCUGGAAGUCAGCCCAGCACAGUAGCCCGCCCCCUCAGCUUUAGAGACAGUCGCCGCCCACAGACCCCUGGCCUUCAGCCUAUAAAGGAGCCUAAGCCCCUGACCCGACCUCAGUCUCCAAGCCCACUGACCCCAAGAGCCCCCACCCCUGCCCCGAGCAAGGUCGCUGGGCCUUGGCCUCAAGAUGGAACCCAGGCCACAGCGGGCCCCAGGCCAGGCCCCUCACUCUCUCUCCUGGGCCCUGGGUCACCAGGCCCAGACACUCCCCAGAAGCCAGCCCUUUUGCCCAAGCCCCAGCUGGGAUGCCAGAAGCCCAACCCCCCCACCAUAUGCAUCACUCCUAGCCCCUCCCCUGGGUCUGGGUCCCUCCCCCACCCCAGCCUGUGACUUGACUCAUCCCAGCAGGAUUACAGGAUGGUAGAAACUGAAGCUUGGGUUUCAGGGACCUGGCUACGAACCCCAAAGCCCCUGUAAGAGGACCCAGCCAUAGAAGGCAUAGGGGUGGGAGGCUCCUAGGAGAUCUUGGUGGGCAAUAAAGGAGCCCGCACCUCCACAGCC